GUCAAUUCAGAGUUAAUUGAAUUCUCAAUCCUUUUAAUUAGGUCAAUUCAGUGUAAAUCGAUUUCUUGUCUCUGUAUUAAUAUUUUUAUAAAUACCCAUCGUUAGUUAUUAUUCAUCGGCUCUUCUCUCAGUCCAUCCAUCUCAGUCUCAGGCAGCUGAAAUGCCAGGCAUUAAUUGGAGGGAAUGCCAAGCCGAGAUUGGGGUUACCGGUCUAGCCGUGUCGGCGGGCGGCGGCUGGAGGACUCAGCUACCUCCGGGUUCCAGACAUAGGAUCGUGGACAAAAUGUUAGAGAUGCUGAAGAAGCAUAUGCCCUUUGCUGGAGAAGAGGGACUGCAGGAUCUUCAAGAAACUGCUCUCAGGUGUGAGGAAAGAAUUUUUAUGAAGGCAACAAGCCAGCCAGACUACUUAAGAAAGAUAACUUCAAAAAUGCUGGGGGUCGAGAUGAGAUCCCAAAAACUUAGACUGAACCCUUUUCAGAGUAAUGCUGCAAGUACUAGCACAAACUCACAAGACCCAACUUCUCAAAGCAUGCAUUCCCAAAUCCAAAAUCAGGCCCAGCAAUUACCAACUCCAAUGGUCUCCAAUAUAUACCGGCAACAUAUUUUAUCCCAAAAUACCCAGAAUAACAUCCAGUCGACUGGAGUGCCGAAUUCUACUGGUUUGACACACUCAAUGCCCCCUGUUGCUGGCAUGUCCCAGGUAUUGAAUUCGAUAUGGCUGGAUGUUCCUGCUAAUAUGCAUGGAAACUCUCAGAGACAGAUUCCAGAUGUGCAGCAGCAGGUUGUUUCUCAGGAUACCCAACAACAUUCUCAGAAUCCUGUGGUGAAUUCGCUCCAGUCUAAUGGUACAAAUGUGGCUGCAAGCAUGGAAGUUGGUGAUUGGAGGAGUCAACUACGUCCAGAUAUCAGAGCGAGGGUAGUAAAUAAGAUAGUUGAGACAUUGAAGAGGCAUAUCCCUUUUUCUGGACUAGAUGAAGCUUUGGAAAUUGAAAGAAUGGCUGCUAGGUUUGAGGAAAUGACACAUUCUGUGGCAACAAGCCAGUCAGAUUAUUUAAGAAAGAUAUCUUUGAAAAUUCUGACAAUUCAGACGAGAUCUCAGAAUCCUAUUGCUCUUCUCUCUUAAUGAUGCAAGUGAUCCCAAGAUCUAGGUACAGAUGCCCAUGUUGCUAGUAUAGUUAACAUUACAAAAUUUAUGUCCAGUGGAACUAAUUAUCUGAAUGCAUUUACUUAUGAAUUAUGGGUGCUUUUGAAAUGCUCUUAUUCCUAUUGAACAUCUAAUAUUUGAUGCCUUGAGUAACUUUAGGGGUUGAGAACUUGUACACAUAAAAAGUUAUGUAGUUGGCAAACUUGUAUAUCAAUUGGGUUAGCAACAAAUUAGCUGA